AUGAGCCAAGUCACUGUCAUUGAAGAGUGGAUCCGUCAUAAGGAUGGAAACGAGAUUUAUACAAAGAUAUGGAAGGCUACUACGCCUAAUCCUAUUGCUACCUUGGUGAUGGUUCAUGGAUUUGGUGAACACGUUGGUAGACAUGACAGAGUACUUGCUUCUUUUGCUAGUAGCGGUAUUGAAUGUUAUGGUUAUGAUCAACGAGGAUGGGGAGAGACCGGCAAGAAAUCCGGACAGUUUGGUAACAACCAGGGCUAUGAUACACUAUUGCAAGACAUAGAUGAUGCUGUCUUGAAGACGAAACGUGAUAAUCUUCCUCUCUUUUUAAUGGGACACAGUAUGGGCGGUGGCCUCAUCCUUAAUUACCUUUCAAGAGGUGAUAAAUACCAAGGAGUUAAACUAGUGACAGGUGCCAUUGCAGCAUCUCCUCUUAUCGAAUUAUCUAUGCCUAUACCUGCUCUCAAGUACUAUGGUCUCCGUAUGAUUUCUAAUCUGCUUCCUCACUUUGUGAUCAGAGCCGACCUUGACGCCAGUGGCAUGUCUCAUGAUCAAGAUGAAGUAAAAAGAUUUAAAGAAGAUCCUUUAGUGCAUGAUUAUGCUACCUUGGCUACUUUGAAGAGCAUGAUUGAUGCAGGAUCAGAUAUUUUAAAGACAAGAGCAAAAUUAAUCAAUUGUCCUAUUUUAUAUUCCCAUGGUGACGAAGAUAACAUCAACUCACAUAUAGCAUGUGUCAAGGCUUAUGAAUUAACCGCCAGCAAGGAUAAAGAAAUGAAGUCUUGGAAGUCUCUUUAUCAUGAAUUGCAUAAUGAAUCUUUGCCUCAUAGAGACCAAGUGAUCAAGUACUACAUUGAAUGGAUUACAAAUAGAUGCAAUUAA